CCCGCCCCUAUCGCCGUGGUGCAUGCUGGGCCCAGCGAGCUGCUCUGCGGCGUGAGUGCGGCCUAGUAGUGGAGUGUUCCGUUCUCUCGUGUUCGUUCACGGACGGAGCUCGGGCGCCAAAGCCGCACCGGACAAGGCGAGCUUUCGUUAACCUUCCAGGAAGAGAAGGAGCGGCACAUCCAGCCAGACGUCCUCUACCCAGCGGGGGUGGGUUGAUACUGUAAACAUGUCUUACCCACCGCAUCUUAACCGUCCACCUAUGGGGAUUCCAACUCUCCCUCCAGGCAUUCCACCCCCACAGUUUCCUGGGUUUCCUCCCCCUCCAGGUACUCCAAUGAUUCCUGUACCGAUGGGAUUAAUGGCCCCAGGACCAACUGUUUUGUUGCCAACUGUACCUAUGGUCGGAAAGCACAUGGGUCCUCGUAAAGACUUAAUGGGUAUGAAAAAUAAGGAAAAUGACGAAAACAGCGGCCCUACAACCACCGUUUUUGUAGGAAAUAUUUCCGAAAAAGCAUCAGACAUGCUUAUUAGGCAGCUCUUGGCUAAAUGUGGUUUGGUAUUGAGCUGGAAAAGGGUUCAAGGGGCAUCUGGGAAGCUGCAAGGUAAGUGUGCUUUUGGAUUUUGUGAGUAUAAAGAGCCAGAAUCUACUCUGCGAGCAUUGCGGUUACUUCAUGAUCUACAAAUUGGAGAAAAGAAACUACUUGUAAAAGUAGACGCUAAGACUAAAGCUCAACUGGAUGAAUGGAAAGCCAGCAGGAGGGCUUCUAAUGGGAAUGCCCGUCCUGAGAGCGCUGCUGAGGAAGAUGAUGACCUUGAUGAAGAAACAAAAAGAAGGGAUAGCAUUUUUAAAACUUCAAUUGAGCUUCUAAUAAAAGAGUAUUCUAGUGAGCUGAAUGCACCAUCUUUGGACUCUGACUCGCAUCCUAAAAAGAAAAGGAAAGAUAAAAAGGAAGAAUUGUCACAGGAAGACAUAAAUGCAAUAGAAAUGGAAGAAGAUAAGCGAGACCUGAUAUCCCGCGAGAUCAGUAAAUUCAGAGAUACACACAAGAAACUGGAAGAGGAGAAAGGCAAAAAGGAAAAGGAGAGACAGGAGAUUGAGAAAGAACGGAGGGAAAGGCAGAGGGAACGUGAGCGAGAAAGAAGAGAGCGAGAACGGGAACAAGAUAAAGAGCGUGAGAAAGAGAAAGAAAGAGAGCAGCGGGAUCGUGACAGAAACAAAGACCGAGACAGAGACCGGGAUCGUGAUAGAGACAGAGAACGUGAGAAAGAAAGAGACCGUGGGAGAGAUCAUAGUAAGGAUCGGAGUCGAUCAAGUUUUAGAAAGCGAGAUGAGAAGAAGGAGGAUAUAGAAGAUGGACAUUGUGGGAUUCUGGAUAAUGUGAUGUCGUCUGGACCAGAGAGGGAGAAAAGUAGAGACAGGGAUAGAGAGCGGGAGCGAGAGAGAGAACGAGACCGAGAAAGGGACAGAGAAAAAGAGAAAAAAAGGGACAGAGAGGAAGAUGAAGAAGAAACCUAUGAGCGACGUAAACUAGAAAGAAAACUGCGUGAAAAAGAAGCUGCAUACCAAGAGCGUCUUAAAAAUUGGGAGAUCAGAGAGAGGAAAAAAGCAAGAGAUUAUGAAAAGGAAUCUGAGCGAGAGGAAGAAAAACGCAGAGAUGUGGCAAAAGAGGCAAAAAGGUUAAAAGAAUUUUUGGAAGAUUAUGAUGAUGACCGAGAUGAUCCCAAGUAUUACAGAGGUAGCGCACUCCAGAAAAGAUUAAGGGACAGGGAAAAAGAAAUUGAAGCAGAUGAACGUGACCGUAAAAGGGAGAAAGAAGAGCUUGAGGAAAUCAGGCAGCGGUUGUUAGCAGAGGGACAUCCCGAUCCGGAUGCUGAGCUUCAGAGGAUGGAACAAGAGGCUGAAAGGCGAAGACAACCACCACAGAUUAAACCACAGCCAGAAUCUGAGGAGGAAGAGGAGAAACCCAUCAAAGAGGAGAAACAUGAGGAACCUAUUGAAGAGGAGGAAGAGCCUGAACCAAAACCCUGCCUUAAGCCCACCAUGCGGCCUAUUAGCUCUGCCCCAUCUGUCUCUUCUGGUAGUGGCCACGCCACUCCUAACUCUCCAGGCGAUGAAUCUCCUUGUGGUAUUAUUAUUCCACAUGAAAAUUCACCGGAGCAGCAACCACAAGAGGAGUACCGACCAAAAAUAGGUCUUAGUCUCAAGUUAGGUGCUUCCAGUAGCCCAAGCCAAACAAAUGCUGCUAAAAGGAAGAAGCUGCCAGUGGAUAGUGUUUUCAAUAAAUUUGAGGAUGAAGAUAGCGAUGAGGUUCCUCGGAAAAGGAAGCUGGUGCCAUUGGAUUAUGGCGAUGAUGACAAAGGCUCUGCCAAAAAUAAUGUGAAUACCGAGGAGAAGCGCAAACAUAUUAAGAGUCUUAUAGAGAAAAUCCCCACAGCUAAACCAGAGUUGUUUGCUUAUCCUCUGGACUGGUCCAUUGUAGACACUACGUUAAUGGAGCGAAGAAUUAGGCCAUGGAUCAAUAAGAAGAUCAUUGAAUACAUUGGUGAAGAAGAAGCUACACUAGUUGACUUUGUGUGUUCUAAAGUAAUGGCUCACAGUUCACCGCAAAGCAUUUUAGAUGAUGUUGCCAUGGUGCUGGAUGAAGAAGCAGAAGUAUUCAUUGUAAAAAUGUGGAGGCUACUAAUAUAUGAAACAGAAGCAAAGAAAAUUGGUCUUGUGAAAUAAAGCACAUUGGCUUAGUACAAAAAACAAAUCUCGUAUGGAGCCAUUACAUCUUCAGUAGGGCCACUAAAACAUCGAGGAACAGAAUGUUGCAGCCCCAGAUUUCUGCAAGGUUGUUCUUAAUUCCUCAGUCCUCAGACAUUUGUAAGAUCUGGACUUCUGUGCAGACCAUGUCUUUUCCCCCCCCCUUUCCAUUAAUAGUAACUCUGGCUAUUGAACUCUUAGAAGUUAUCAUCACAGUAUUUAGGCACACAAGCAAUCCGGUGCGUCAACUGGUACGGUUUAAAAACUACAGCUAUUGUACAAUGGCAUCUCCUGGUAUUUUUCCAACUUUAUGCUGUCCAUAUUAAAAUUUCCAUUUUUUGCAAACUGAUUGCACUUACCAUAUGUCCCAUGCCUGUUGUACAUAUGAAGAACAGACUUUUGAGUCACUUGUGUCUUUUAGGAUUUAAAGACAGGUCCGCCGCACUAAUUUAAACUUAUUGUGCUUCAAUCUGUUAAUUUUUUCAUUGCAGAAAAGUUAUUGUGUCAGACCUUUUAUUCUUCACGCCUGGUUUCAGUGUGGACACAGUUCUCGGUGGCUUUGGGUCGCACACCAUGCUGCCUGCCAACGUUGAGGCUUCCUGCCCCUGGUGUGUUCUACAUUGCACUGCUUUCUUCCGACUCCCAUUUCAUGAUUGUAAUACAUAUCACUUUGUACCUAAUUUCCCAACCCAAAAUAUUCCUUGAGCAUUUUAAGCCAUAUCCUUUUGUUCUUGUCUACACUGUGCUAUUCUGGUGCAGUUUUUGUACUACUUAUCUGGAAAUCAUUGUGGUUUUUGGGUAAGAACAUAAAUUGAAAAGCUGCACCAAAAUUGUACUGUGUGCAGCGGGGGUUGAAUCAGUUUUGCCUCUUUACUAAGUUGUAAUACCUUUUUGAAAAGGGCUGCAACGUAGUGUCUUAUAUCAACAUUUCUUGCUCUAAAUUUUUUUACUCCCUUUUUUAAUGUCCUUUAUUUAAAAUGACUAGCCAAACAAAAGGUUUGCCGUCAGGAUAAUCUUAUUUUGUCCAAAAAUAAAAGUUUUUGUUUUUUAUAUAUAUAUAACAAAUCGACACCUUCACAGAUUCCAUUUGUGUUUUUGGCAAUAAUUGUUGAAAGGAUAAGCACAUUUUUAAUUGAUCUAAACCAACCCCUGAAAGGAAGAGAAGUAUGAGGGGUGGGGGAAACCGUUCACAUGCUGCCGCUUGACUCCUCUACAAAAAGGGCAUCUAUUAACAAGCCCAGUGACAUUCUCUUUUGGUGCAGUAAGAUGCAUUUUGGGGGGGAAUGUCCUAUGUGCAGUUACCUGCUUACAUUUAUCAGCAUGUGCUAGGGUUAAACACUGUAAUCCCAAUUCAGAGACGAGUCAUGGGUUGCUAGAUCUCGCUAUAAUCUAUGUAGUUGUAAUGUACAGCUGACCAAUAUUUAUUUUGUAUUGGGACUGAUUAACAAUUGAACCUAAACUGCUGUUUCUUUUUUUUUGUAAAACUGCUGCAAAUAUCAGUUGUUGUAUUUAAAACAUUGGUUUGUCUAAAAUGUGGAAGCUGUGAUCCGAUUGCCAGACAACUUGCAAAUUUGGAAACUGUGUCAAGCCAUUGAAGGCUUAUUCUGUACAUAAUUCAAACAUUAAAAUGUAUAUAUUUGAUAUGUGA